GGGCUCUUUGGAUUAUCGGCCCUCCAUGUAUGACAAUUUGUACCUGCAUGGAUUUGAAGACUCUGAGGCGGGAUCAGCAGAUUCAUACACAAGCAGACCAUCAGAUUCUGAUGUAUCUCUGGAAGAGGACAGGGAAGCCAUCCGCCAAGAGAGAGAACAGCAAGCAGCUAUUCAGCUUGAAAGAGCAAAGUCCAAACCUGUAGCAUUUGCUGUGAAGACUAAUGUGAGCUACUGUGGAGCACUAGAUGAGGAUGUUCCUGUACCAAGCACUGCCAUUUCUUUUGAUGCUAAGGAUUUCCUACACAUUAAAGAGAAAUAUAACAAUGACUGGUGGAUAGGAAGAUUAGUUAAAGAAGGCUGUGAAAUUGGCUUCAUCCCAAGCCCAUUAAGAUUGGAGAAUAUUCGGAUCCAGCAAGAACAGAAGAGAGGGCGUUUUCAUGGAGGGAAAUCAAGUGGGAAUUCUUCUUCAAGCCUUGGAGAAAUGGUGUCUGGUACAUUUCGAGCUACCCCCACUUCCACUGCAAAACAAAAACAGAAAGUGACAGAACAUGUGCCUCCAUAUGAUGUUGUCCCAUCUAUGAGACCUGUUGUGCUAGUUGGCCCUUCCCUAAAAGGCUAUGAGGUGACAGACAUGAUGCAGAAAGCCCUGUUUGACUUCCUGAAGCACAGGUUUGAUGGGAGGAUAUCAAUAACCAGAGUGACAGCUGACAUUUCUCUUGCCAAGAGAUCCGUUUUAAAUAAUCCAAGCAAAAGGGCAAUAAUUGAGCGAUCAAACACCAGGUCUAGUUUAGCGGAAGUACAGAGUGAGAUUGAACGAAUUUUUGAACUGGCACGAUCCUUGCAAUUGGUUGUUCUAGAUGCAGAUACAAUCAACCACCCUGCACAACUUAUUAAGACAUCAUUAGCACCAAUUAUUGUCCAUGUUAAAGUGUCAUCUCCAAAGGUUUUGCAGCGACUGAUCAAGUCAAGAGGAAAGUCACAGAGCAAACAUUUAAAUGUCCAGUUGGUUGCAGCAGAUAAACUUGCACAGUGUCCUCCAGAAAUGUUUGAUGUUAUACUGGAUGAAAACCAACUUGAAGAUGCUUGUGAACACUUGGCAGAAUACCUUGAGGCCUACUGGCGUGCUACACACACUACCAGUAGCACACCUAUGACACCUUUGCUUGGAAGAAACCUAGGCUCCACUGCACUAUCUCCUUACCCUACUGCGAUCUCUGGAUUACAGGGAUAGCUCAAAAACGGCGGGCCUUUGACACUUCAAACGUGGCAUGUAAAUAGUCCUUAAUCAGAAAGCCAACGUCUGAGGCAUAGCAACCAUUCUACUGAGAACUCUCCAAUUGAACGACAAAGUCUAAUGACCUCGGAUGAAAACUACCACAAUGAAAGGGCUCGGAAGAGCAGGAACCGCUUGUCUUCCAGUUCCCAACACAGCCGAGAUCACUACCCGCUUGUGGAAGAAGAGUACUCUGAUUCAUGUCAAGACUCAUACAAAACUCAAAGAAACCGGGGGUCUCCUGGAGGAUAUAGCCAUGAUUCCCGACAGAGGCUUUGAAUACACGAACCUGGGGGAAAUGGUACUCAUUGGUUGGCCACCUGCUGUAACGUAGCUAGGCCAAACAAAGCGUCUUGAUGCUUGUAGGCUGCUGCCAUUUCAUGCUCUAGAAGGGCAAAAUAGAUAGAUCAAUGUUUCUCAACCUCAGCGAACUUAAGAAUUUAAUUUAAGAAUUCUGGGAGUUGAAGUCCACCCAUCUUAAAGUUGCUGAUAUAGGGGAACACUGAGAUAGAUAAUGCCCUUUCCAUUUAGAAAGAAAUGAGUUUGCCCAGACACUUAGAAGAGUUUUCUUUCCCAUGUAAUGUUUCAUUUCAAACUGUUAUCUUUUCUCUCCAUUAGAUAUAAUUAGACACAUGAAUUUGUAAUGUAGAAUACCUGUUGAAGCGCAUAUAUGAUAAUUUCCUGUUAUGGAAAUUCCAAAUGACCAGUUCCAGUUGGAACCAAUUUAUAAACCAAUUCCUGUUGGAAUUUGGGUGAAAUUGACUGGAAAGUCAACCUGAGCAUGUUGCAGUCAGUGAAAAAAAAAGUUAAAUAAAAUGAAGAGAAAGUAAAUUACAAAAUCAUUAUAAGCAAAAAAUAUUUUAAAAAAAUCUCUAGUACUUGUUUACUGGAAGGCAAAUUUAUAUAUAGCUAUAGAUAUGGUUAGAAUAAAUAAUAUUAAUGUAUUUAUUUCAGACUACCAAAUGUAAGCAGUCAAUUGUGCCAAAAAUAAUGAAUGAAUGGAAAAGCUCGAAUCCUUUCCAUUUUAAACAUCA